AUGGGUGUGGACACGGGGAAUCCCAAGCCGGGUGUACAGCGCUCCCAGGCCUCAGAGUUACCGGCCCUGGGCCCGGCCGCAGCUUUUCAUCCGCAGGAGCCUGCAGGGGAGGGUGCUGUGGAUCUGGGAGGUCUGGCCCUGUGCUGGUGCUGGCACGUCUUUUCUGGGGCCCGUUUUGACUUCUGUUUACUUGGUGUUCUUUCCAGUCGGGUCUCAUCUUUAACUGUCUUUCAGGUGGAUUUUCAAGAUGUAAAUGUGAGGACCCCAGCGGAAAGAAAGCGAGAAGAGGAGAAGCAGAAGCGCCUGGACAGAAUCUACCGGGAAAAGGCCGAGCGGGCUGUGCGGGAGAUGGAGGAAACGUCCGGAGAAAUCCGGGGCUGCCUCACGGAGGCGGAGAGCUGCGUCCGGCUGCUGGUACCCUUUGACCUGGGCCCCAGCCUGGGGGCCUCUGGUGCUGCUGAGGAGGGUGCCCCUCGCCUGGCUGGUGCCCCCGACCUCGAGGACGAGGAGCAGCCAUGCUGCAGCAAGGCCCUGCCUGCCUGUGCGUGGCGUCCGGCAGCCAUUGACGGGGCGGGGCCACCCCAGGCCGCCCCGGGGACCCCCUCAGAGGACGAGGACAGUGACCAGGAAGAGUUUGUGCGGUGCCAUGGGCUGGGCUCCCACAAGUACACGCUGGAUGUGGAGCUCUCCUCAGGUAACGGGCUGCCGGCCGCCGCUCGACACCUGUACCCCACUCCUUGCACUGGUUGGGACUCUCCCAGGCUGCCCCCCUGCACUGGAUCUCCUUGGCCACAGGCCCUUGUCUGCGUGGAGCCCGGCGCGGGUUUCUGUGCCCUGGGAUCUGACAUGGCAGUGGGAGUGUUGGAGCCUGAGUUCAGUGUCGGUGCUGAGGUCUGGCUCUGUGCUGCUACAGCAGCCCUAGGCGCCCAGGACGAGGACGACGAGGACGAUGACGAUGACGAAGGCUUUGUGGAGGUUCCGGAGAAGGAGGGGUAUGAGGCCUGCGUCCCCGACUACCUGUGGCCCGAGGACGGGCUGCAGGGAGACCCGCCUGCGCAGGGUGUGCGAGUGAGGACGAGGAUGGGUGAGGAGGCGUGUGACCCCACCUCCACUGCCGCCCAGCUCCAACGGCUCCAGGGCCACUUGCCCCGGCACCCCAGGGCACCCCUGGAACCAGAGGAGGCCGGGAAGCUGGCAGCAGAGCGGGCCCGGGCUCCCGUCGUGCCCUUCGGGGUGGACUUGUGUUACUGGGGCCAGGAGCAGCCGGCAAGUGGGAAGGUCCUCAAGUCUGAGUCUCAGCACCGCUUCUGGAAGCCGAGCGAGCUGGACACAGAGCUGGACGGUGCCCAGGUGUCACAGGUGCCCCCAAGCCGCCUCAUCACCUUCGCAGGGACAUUCGAGCCCGUGCAGCACCGGUGCCGAGCCCCGAGGCCCGACGGCCGGCUCUGCGAGCGCCAGGACCGGCUGAAGUGCCCGUUCCAUGGGAAGAUCAUCCCCAGAGACGACACUGGGCGGCCCCUCCACCCAGAGGACAGGGCCCGGGAGCAGAGGCAGCAGCUGCAGAAGCAGGCGGAGUGCCCAGACUGGCAGGACCCUGAGUUUAUGAGAGACGUGGAGGCGGCCACGGGUGUGGAUCUUGGCUCGUCCCGGGUUGGCAGGAGAGGCCGAGGCAAAAGGAGGCGACACCCUGGCCUCACCGACCUCAAGCAGCGGGCGGAUACCUCCCGCACACGCAUUGCCAAGAAAGUCUUCGCUAAGGCGGCCGUGCAGAGGGUGGUCACUGCCAUGAACCGGAUGGACCAGAAGAAGCAUGAGAAGUUUGCAAACCAGUUUAACUAUGCACUGAGUUAGAGGGCCAGGCCAGGCGGGCUGUGCUCCCCUGCGGUCGGUCGUCAGCUCCUCGUCCAGCAGGCACUUGGAUGGGUGCGCAGACACGGGCCUGCGCAGUAACCGUGCCACCAUUGCUGUGUGUGAAAUGUGGGACACGAUGCAUGUCCUGACUGAAAGGCCCAGGGUAUGGACGUCCCCCGCUGCAGGGGCUCCUGCCAGCCGGGGUGCUCGCCUGGCCUGCCUAGGAGGCCCUCGGAUCCCGGAGGGUGAACUCGGGCAGCCGUGCCCCAGCGGGGUCCUUGCAGCGCCUGAGCGUCUGUGAAGUGGCUCAGAGGUGAUGAAAUGGCCCCUGAGCUCAGCAUUCGGAAUGUGUGUGGGCCCCUGACCCCCGUUUCCCAGCCCGCUGGGGCUGGCUGCUCAGAAGCACUCUAGACAACCCCCACUUUUAUAUAAAUGCUGAUUUUAACCCAAACAAAGGAAAGUGAAUCAUUUACACUGUCACACCCUGUGUGUCCAGCUUAGGACAGCUUGGUGAUGGUUCUGGGUCAGGAUGCAGAGAACUACCUAUCUUUUUAAAAACAUUAUUGAGAUACUGCUCACACUGUAACACCCACCCUUGUAAAGCCUACGACUCGUGGCGUUGGGUACGUUACAGUCUUGUGCAGCCCCCGCCACGGUCUAGUUCUAGAACUUGUCCCCUCAAAGGAAGCCCCGCGCCCACGAGCAGCCCCGCUCCCCCAGCUCCUGGCUCCCUCUGAUGUACUGUUUGUGGAUUUCCCUGUUCCGAGCACUUGGUGUGAUUGGAGUCAGAACGUGUGGCCUUUUGUGUCCGGCUUCUUCACAUGCAGUGGCUUCAAGGCUCAUCCACGUUGUAUGUUGCAGGUCAGAACUUCUUUCCUCUGUCCUGCCCAGUGACACUCCAUCCAGUGUCUAUUCAUUCAUCACUAACAUUUGGGUUUUCACAUGUUUUGGCCGUUAUGAAUAAUGCCGCUGUGAACAUGUGUAUAUGUUUUCGUGUGAACAUAUAUUUUUAUUUCUCUUAGGCUUAAACCUAGGAGUGGGUUGCUGGGUCACAUGCCAACUCUUUAAUUUUGUGUUGAACUGUUGUCCACAGCGGCCGCACCACCAUGCAUCUCCACCAGCGGUGCACGAGGGUUCCUGUGUCCCCGUAUUCUUUCCCCCCCCCCCCAUAUUCUUACAAGCACUUGUCAUCAAUCUCCGCUGUAGCCGUCCGAGUGGGUGGUGUCUCACUGUGGCUCUGAUCUGCGUUUCCCUGAUGGCUAGUGACCCUGAGCUCCUUUUCACGUGCUCACUGUCCACCUGUGUAUCUUCUCUGGGGAGAUGUCUAUUCGGGUCCUCUGCCGUUUUAAUUCGGUUGUUUUGAGUUGUAGGAGUUCCAUACGUAUCCUGGAUAGCAGACCCUUACGUGGUUUGUGAAUAUAUUCUCCCAUCUUUUCACUUUCUUGAUAGUGCCUUUUGAAUCAUAAAAGUUGUUAAUUUUGAUAUCCAGUAUAUCUACUUUUUCUUUUGUCACUUAUGCUUUUAGUGUCAUGUCUAACAACCAUCGCCUAAUCCAAGGUCAUGAAGGUAUGCCCCCUAUGUUUGCUUUUACGAGUUUCACAGUUUCAGCUUCUUGUUUUCCAAUUACAGUUGGCAU